GACUUUAAUCCAACGCGUAGAAUGAAUCACAGGAAUCGUCCAUCCAACGGUGGAGAUCUGCUCACCUCGCUCUAUAAAUAGGUGCAUUCUGGAGAAAAACUGUUCACACCAAAGAAAAGAAAUUUUCCCCAGCCAUUCUCUCUCAAACUCUUCAGCCUUCCUCUCGAAACUCAAAUCCUUUCUUCAUCAAUUUCAAUCCUUCUCCUCCCGAUCUUCUCUUCCAUCUGGUAGAUUCAAUCUCUUCUUUUCUCUGAACUUUCAGAUCUCCAACCCACCAUCAUCAUCCUUAAUCCCUUUAACAACAACUCCUUCAAACACCCGACAACUUUACUCUUCGAUCUUCACAUCCCCUCAACCCAUCACCAUGGAACCACGAACUCUGCAACUGAUGGAGCUACAAACCCAGCAACAAAUCGAGGAUGGAGGAAACAACCAAGCAGCCGGGAGUAGUGCCAACACAGAUUUCUGGCGAAGCCGUGCCAGGUGGGUUCCUACUCCAGAUCAAAUAAGGAUCCUCAGGGAUCUUUACUACGACAAGGGAGUUAAGACCCCAACUACAGAGCAGAUUCACGAGAUCUGUCUCCAGCUGCAACAGUAUGGACAGGUUGAGGGCAAGAACAUUUAUUUUUGGUUCCAGAAUGUCAGGGCUCGAGAGAAGCAGAUGAAGAGGUGCAGUCAGGCUGCUCAAGUGCCCAUGGGAACUAGUUCUCCUGGUACUGGUGGAUCCAUUGAUCUCAAUUUUGGGUCCACUGGUUCUACUGGUGCUGGUGGAUCCAUCGACAUCAAUUUUGGGCCAGCUGGUGGAUCCAUUGACAUCAAUUUUGGGUCCACUAGUUCUACUGGUGCUGGUGGAUCCAUUGAUCUCAAUUUUGGUUCCACUGCUUCUACUGGAGGACAAUCUUCCAUGGAACAACGAGGAGGAGUUCGCCAGGAGUUUGAAACUCUUCCUCUGUUCCCCGUGCACGGCGAGGACGUCUAUGGUAACCCGAAGACUACUUCCGAGGAAGGUAGCGCAUAUGAUUACUAUUUCGGUGGCGCAGGCGGUUACAACCGUGGAUCUCCAGUUUCUCUUGAGCUCAGCCUCAACCCAUCCGGAGCUACUGAUUAGGCUUAGUAUAGCGUAGUUCCAAUUUCCUUUUUGUAAUAUUAAAUCAAUAAGAUGGUGUGCAUGUUCUCUUUUCUUUUUGUUUAACCAACAACAACACCAAGGAUCGAACCUUGGUCACCCAAUACUAUUUUCAAAACCAUAAACAACUCUACUGCACACAUCUUUCAUAAUGAUGCAAUAAAAACAAUCACUCAAAAAGAAUCCAACAAUCAAUUAAGUCGCAUCGAGGUCUAGCUAGUAUCCUCUGAGUCAAACCAAACACAAACAAUUUCAUCGAUAGGAUUAGGGAUUUAUAAAGCUAAACACAUCCUGAGUUAGCUAGGAAAAACCCACGUCUUUAGAGUUACUCUUACAAAUCUUAUAAAAUCUCAACCAUUUCCUCUAUUAAUUGCUCCAUUAAACUUACCACAAUUCAUACCCUAUGAAUUUACGAUUUAGAAACCGAAUCAAACUCCAUAUCGCAUAGUAAUUCACUUGAACCACUAUGGAUACCCAACAAUGUCACUACAAUCAAUACCCAAAAUUGCACUUAACCAUUUCUCCUAAAAUCCAUCACCACAGAAACACACCCUCAUCUAAUAACAUUUACAGAGAGUUGACUCUAAAUCUCCCCAUUAUUUACCGACCAAGAUCAAACUCCAUUUCAAAACUUUAAGUGUCCCGCCUACUUAAACUUAAAACACAAACAACCUCAAAUUCACUUCAGUCCAACUCCAUACUACGAUCCAAAACUUAAGAAAACUAGUUCACAAAAUCAAUUUCCUUCACUUAAAUAAAACUAUGUCCACAAGUCAUAGUCAGGUCAACAGACCAAGGUGUCCAAACGGAGAAUUUCCAAUCCAGUUGUCUUUGUGAAACGCAAAAUAUCAAUCAAAAUGAUGCUCGCAACAUCAACCACGUAUACAAAACAUGUUCCUCGGAUCUCGAUUUAAAUUUAGAAAUACUAAAACUACCACUAGUCCCACUUCAAAUAGCCCUUAAGAUUUUAGGUACUCGGAGAGAACUCAAAUAUA